AUGGUUUAUGGUCAACGAACUGAAGCCAGAAUUCAAUAUCGAGGUACACGUGAAGAGUCGACACGUGUGAGCAAAGAAAGAAGAAAUUCAGAAGUUGAAAGGUCGCAUGCACAACGUUUUUGCCAAACUCGAAGAAUAAUCAUGUUAAGCCUUGAUUCACAAUAUGAUUCUAAUAUUGAAGAAGAUGUACAUUUAAAUGAAUAUGAUGAAGAACCAACAGAAAUUAUUGCUUGCUUUUCAAUGACGGUAAAUGAUGUAUAG